AAGGCUCGGGGACUCGGUGAAGGCCGAGCACGGCCGGGUGAAGGCCGCGCCAUGGGGUCCAUCCUGUUCGAGCAGAUUUCGUCUUUGUGAUUUACAUCCUCUUCUUUCGACGAAAAGGGCCGACAAAAAUUCGCCGUGAAGCUCCAAACUGGCCACAGAGGGAUUUUGUUUUUCGUCAGUCUUGAACAUGUUUGGAGAGAUACCCUAGCAUUCCAACCAGCAUUGAUUUCUACAACAAUAGUCUCUACCGAACUCAGGAUUACAAGGAAAGAUCAGAUCAACCACUUUUUCUUUCAUGCGAAACCUGAAGACUGCUGCGAAGGAAUGGACAUGCCGAGUUCGUUUCCUGUGUCGUCACCGAGAUUGGAGAAAUCGUGGACUGGACUUGGGCACUCAGAACUUUCCAUCAAAUUGACAGAGCCGACUCCCUGAAAUCACGUGUUGUGACCAUUUUCCAUUCCCCGCGGCCGCGGCGUCGAAUCCUUCAACGCACAUCCGACAUGUCGCGGGGGGCCCGAGGCCCUGCCAUCCUCCACUUCCUCGUUCGACCGUGUAGUUCUGCGGAAUUCGGACCGAGUUCCUCACAUCGCUCUAUCCCUGUGCCGGUGAUGCUUUGGGGUUGAGAUUCUUCGGGUUUCUUCGACGGUUCCGUCGAACGCAGCGCGAGCUCGAACUGCGUUCGACGGUGAUCCCACAAAAAGCAUUUCAGAGUUGUUCGACGGUGUCUCUCUGUCCCUGUCCCGAGGGUGUCCUCGUACAAGGAUAGAUAAGGGGGGUCCCCAACAAAAUCACCGACAGGUCUUGGUGCUUGAAGCUCUGCUCACGGUCAGAAGAUGACGGGACCUCGCUGGCCGUUUUGGGCCAUCCGCUGCCGUUUUGGGCAAUUUUUCAAGAUGACGCGCGUGUUUGGCCGGUCUUUUGUGAGGUAUCUUUCGUGUGUGAGUGUUCUUGUUGGCAUGUGGUGCUACCUAGCAGUGUUCAACAUCAAGCCAGCUCGCUGCAAAGGCAACCCACGCAAAAUGACACACAUUGAAAUAACCAUUCGUGGCUUUGGUUGUCUCUUCUUGGUUUGCACCUGGUGCCACAUCCAUCAGCGUUGGUUCUUGUGUCAGCGACACCUCCAUUUCAUCCAUCCGAUGAAGUCCUCGUUUCCAACGUUGGAGAAGAAGGUACCCGAGAGCAAGAAGUGCCCGAGACCGGAGCAUCGCUCGCUGGGUCGAGAUCGAGCUCUCCAAAGAGUCAGUCCGAGUCCAUCCUGGUGGUCCAUGUCAUGCAGAGCGUAUGCACACAUUGGCUCCUCCAUCGACACUGGAGCCUCCGCGAAGAAGGAGAAGCUGCAUUCGGCCAACGUCACGGCCAAGCGGAAGGAUGAGAUCUUCAAGCGGAUCCGCCCGAGCACCUUGGUGCGACUGCUCCAGGAGCGCGAGGUGUCCGAGUCCGUCUAUGCCAUGGGCCCCGGCACGGUGGAGCGCGGCGACGGCUGCAGCUCGGUGAUCGCUUCCAAGGGCCCGCUCCCGGUGCCGCCCAGCGUGGCCUCGGUGACCUCCGUCGCGGGGUCGGUGGUGAGCAUCGUGGAAACCGACGCCACGGUCUCCGAGGAGCGAGACCUGGUGCUCUUGGAUCUGCGAGAGCCUGACGAGUUUGAGCAGUGCCACUUGCCGCUGGCCGUGUCCUACCCAGCCCCAAAGAUCAAUCGAGACCAGUUUAUCCCUGAGCUGCUGCGCUGCAAGAGGGAGCCCUCGAAGCUGCUGGUGGUCUACGGGUCCAACGAGGCGGUGACCAUCGGCGUGGCACGGCUCUUGGUGGAAAAGGGCUGGGAGAAUGUGCACGCGCUGACCGGCGGUUUUGAGGAGAUGCUUCAAAGCUACCCGGAGGUCAUUGAGGGCACCAUGCCCGCCGGACCUCGUCCGGGCAGUGGACGCUCGGGACACGGCGUGCUCAGACGCUGAGGACCCCCCUUCGGGCGGCCGAAGCGCCGCGUGUCUCGCCGUUUCACCGGAAUUGGGUGCGACGACGCCAGCUCCAUCGGCGGCUGGCGAUGCCAAGAGCGUGCGUGGCGCAGGUGUAACCGGAAUGUGAGGUUCAGGUGUUGUUCAGGUGGGCUCUCUCUAUGUACGGCGCCGGCCGUACUGGGAAAGGCCGUGUGGAACCUAGAAAGGUUGCAGCCCUUGGGCGCCUUGCUUCUUGCCUAGCCGCCCGGGGCUGGCCAUGCAGG